ACCGACAGGCUAUACUGGAGUCUGUUUCAAUCUUUAGCGCUCCAAUUCCGGUUUGCCUCGAACUCGUCAUUCUCCUGCGCAGUAUCCACAGAGCUGGGCUCUCAGAUCUGCGUCAACACCCCGGCCUAAAAUCGGAAGUUAUGAACGCUUCCAAGAUCGAACCUCAAAGGUCCGGGUGACGCCGCCUCUCGACAGCCUGCGCAGAGCAAAGGCCCUUCCCCUCCGCCCCACCCCAGCCAAAGCUGCGCGCGCAGGCACGUCACAUGAUAGUGCUCAGGGGCGGGGCGCUGUGUCUCCGGGAGAGACGCGUCGCGUGACGGCCUCCGGCCAGCCAAUAGACGACCGCAACGAGGGAUUUCAAAUGUGGCCGCGGUAGUUGUAGCCUGCUUGGCCGAUAGGGAGGCCGAAUAAGCUCGCCCGGACUUGAGCGGCCAAGACAAAGAUGGUUAAGGAAAGGUGUCAGAAAAAGUCCUUUCAAGAUAGUCUUGAAGACAUUAAGAAGCGAAUGAAAGAGAAAAGGAAUAAAAACUUGGCAGAGAUUGGCAAACGCAAGUCCUUUAUUGUUGCACCAUGCCAAGUACCCACUAACACUUCUACACUGCUGAAAAAUUACCAAGAUAACAACAGGUUGUUAGUUUUGGCUUUGGAAAAUGAAAAAUCCAAAGUGAGAGAAGCCCAAGAUAUCAUCCUACAGCUGAGAAGAGAAUGUUACUACCUUGCAUGUCAGCUAUAUACUGUGAAACAGAAGCUAACUUCCCAACAAAGUGAAGAAACUGAUCAGAACCAGAAAGGAUGUCCCUCAGAAGUGGUCUCCAGUAGUGACAACACCAUCGGGAACUUGUCUGUGAAGACCUUACAGCAAAUUGCUCUUGAAGAAAAUGAUUGGCUAUUCCAAACCAAAGAACCAAGUCCUACUGUUUCUCCAGACACACUGGGGAGUGAUUUUGAUUCAGGUAAAGUCGAGUCUACUAAUGAUGUCAUACCUAGAACUGUGUCUUUCCGUCGCCACUUAAAGAAAGAUUUUAAUAAUGUAAGUUGCUCCACUGCUUUGGAGGAUUGUGAAUCCAGUCAUUGGGUGGGACAGUCUUUGGAAGUUAGAAGAAGUGGAUGUAGAGACCCAACUGUAACUCUGCACAAACUUGAAAAUGUAGAACAAAAUGUUUGUCUGUGGAACAAGGACCAAAUUAACUUAUCCCCUAGACUGACGUGCCCAGAAAAGAAUGCUAAAACAAAAGAAGUCAUUUUACCAUCUAAACCUGAACAAAUGAAAAGUAUACAUAAAUGUGCACGAAAAAGAAGAGCCAACCAGAGAUGCAAAUCAAAACCCUCAUUGAGGUGUAAGGGCAACAAAAGCAAAGAUAAGCAGACUUUACACCCCACAAAAUUGAAUGGGUCUAUUAGUUCCAGCGAUGCUUAUGAUUUUAAUCUCGAAGAGUGUGUUCACCUCUCCCCUUUCCGACAAAAAAUGAGCAAUGACUGCAGUGGAGAAAUCAACAGCAGGGACUUGGAAGAGAGUGCUUUUGAACUGAGUGCCUCUGAGGAUGAGUCUGAUGACCUCUACCUGCCUCCUUACAAGCACUUGCAAGACCACACCAGAGAGUCAGACACAAUCACCAGGCCUCGGCCUAAAAGAGGACUCCAGUACACAGAUGAAAAAGAUAGAGAGAAGGCGCCACCAACCAGAGCUACUACCGGUAUCCCACCCAAGAAUCAAGAGUCACCUGGUCGUAGCCUAAAGGAUGUCACCAAUAUCCUGCUGCACCCUGUAGUGAAAAUCAGGAAACUUUCUCUGUCUCCAAAAAGGAAUGAAGACAGCCCGGCAGUGCCUCUGCCUAAGCGCAGGUGCACCACCAUCACAAGCUAUAAAGAGCCGACCCUCGCUUCGAAACUAAGAAGAGGGGACCCUUUCACAGACUUGUGUUUCUUAAAUUCUCCUAUUUUCAAGCAGAAAAAGGAUAUGAGACGUCCUAAAAGAAGUACAAAGCAAACACAGUAACUCCUUUUGUUGGAUGCUGUUGAAGAUGAUCCUUCUCUUUUACCCAGUAGACUCCGUGAGACAGUGUGCAGUGGGCAGAACCAUCCCUUAUCAGGAUGUCCCUUGGAUCUAUACUUUGUAAUUGUGUGAAUUGCUACCAACAUCUAAAAUUUCUCUAGCAUCUUUACUUUUUUCCUUAAGCAGGGGGAAUUACAGAGUUGACAAGAAGUACAGAUAGGAUAUAAAUCUUUCAUAAAUCCUUGACAUCACAGUAAGACAUACCAUAAGUUGCUGAGAAUCCCUUAUUCUACUGUCAUACUGGUUCUUUGGGUGAAACAUAUAUAGAAUCAUGAUUAAGAAAACUGAUGGUUUUGGUUCUGGGACAAGAUAACUGUUGUGAACUCUCGGUGUGUGCAACAUCAUUUUUCAGAAUCAACAUGUCAUGUACCUCAGGCUAACUCUUCAUGUUGUCAGAAGUUCACAAGUAUAAAUAUGUGAAUAGUAAGGGUUUCUGGUUUUGAUUUAUGUACAAAAUGUAAAUAGUCCAGUUCAGAAAGUUGAACGUCUAUGGGUGUGUAUAAAUUUCCUUAAAUUUAAAUCACUAUAAGUGGUCCAUUUUUUAAGAACAAUGAAGUCUGGCCAUGCAUAUUGGUGGCCAUUAUGUUUUCUUUCUGCUCUUAACUGUCAAGUCAUCUUGAUUAUCUUCCUCUCUGGCCUUUACCACUCCCACCUUAGCUGUUUCCUCUUGUUGUCCCUGUCAACUUUUACCUCCCUUCACAUUGGAUUUGUCUUAUCAAGUCUUCCCACCUGCAGCUAACAUUAGGCCCCAAAUCAAGACAUUUCAAUUUGGGGCUCAGCAGUAGAACACUUGCUUCAUAUGGGUAAGGCCCAGGAAUAAACCCCACUGCAAACAAUAGAUUUCUAAAAUUUCUCAUAAGGGCUUUCUAGUGUUCAUCUCAGACGUUACCCACAUCUCCAUGAAUUCCUGCAUUUCCCUUCAGUCACACUGGCAGCUCUUCUCGUCACUAAUGUGCAUCCCACUCUCCCAUCACAGGUUUAUUUUUCCAGCCACUCUUUUUUUUUUUCCAGUGCUGAAGACACAACCCAGGGCCCUGUGUGUGAUAGGCACAGCCACAGCAGUGUUUAUCUUUGUAAUAUCAUUGUACCUUGAGAGUGACAGUUUUAGCUAAAAAUAUAUACAAGUAAAAGUCCAGUUUUGUCUCAAUGGGCCUUACAUGGACGUGAUUACUACAGUGCAGCGUACCCAGAGGUAGACUGUAUUCUGAUCAACACUGAGCAAGCUGGCAUGUGGACAAUGUUUUAUACAAGCUAAGUGUAGAUGUAACCAUCUUACUAAAUAAGAAACACAGAGCUAAUACAGAGAUGAAAGCCAAGAAGUCAGAG